CGUUAACGAACGCAGGCGAGCAAGUUUUAAAAAUCACUGGUGCCGGGUAAUUGUUGUGCCCAACUGAAAAACCAAAAGCCAAACCACAAUGCACAUACAAAUGUAUGAAUAUGUGUCCCAAAAGCAAAAAAACAAUUAAACCAGUGAAAACAGUGAAAUAAUAGCACAAAAUAAUCAGAAGAUUUCGCAUAAAUAAAUGUAAAUAAUUAAGACACAGUCGAAAGCAACAAAUUUGUAUGCAAAACGCGAGGCAAACGCAAAUAAACAGUAAAAGAGCACAAAAACUAUCAGCGAUGAUUUAUUAAUACAACUCAAUCGGACCCAACAACAUAGUGAACUUAUAAGAUGAACACUCUAAGAUUGGUCUGCUGUUUGGUACUGUUUGCCUGGGUUCAAGCAAGUACCCCUGAGCAUUCGUUCGCCUGCAUGAGUUUCAUGGAAGACGAAAAGUUUAUUCAGGAUGAUGAUGACUUUGAGGAGUAUUCAUCGAACGGUGUGCAGAUGCAAUACAGUGCGGAAAGUCUGAAUCCGCAGGAUGUCGAACCAGCACCGACCGAACAGGCAGUGUCACAUCGUCGCAUUUGCCAAACCGACUAUACAUUUUGUUUCGCGCUCUGGCGUCAAACCCAGAAUGGCACGCGAAUCGAAAAGCAAGGUUGUUGGAAGGAGAGCACUGAGCGCAACGCCACUUGCAGCCAGACGGAGUGCACUAGUUCGGCGCCCACAUCGCGCAACAAUUCCCUAUAUUAUUGCUGCUGCUCGGGUGAUUCUUGCAACAAGAAUGUCUCCGUGGUUGAGCCGGCGCCUCUACAGCUUUCGAAGCCCAUUUAUACUAUAGGCAAAAAUAUGCCAAACAAAAUUGCCGAUGCUGGCUUGGGCGUUAUUGUAAUGGCGAUUUUUGUAUUGAUUUUGUGCUUGUCGGUGAGCGGAUUUGCCGCCUAUUGUUAUGUGCAUAAAAUAAAGGACAAGUCAAUGCCUGAAGAAGCUCCACUGGCACCUUCUGGUCCCGGUUACAGUUCAAACCUUCGAAAUGUGGACAAUAUCAACUUAAUUUGCAUGCUCGGCAACGGCAAAUACGGUACUGUAAUGAAGGGUUUAUUGCAUGAUCAGGAGGUGGCUGUAAAAAUAUUUCCCGAAAGCCAUUACCCAUACUACAUAAACGAACGCAACAUCUAUUCGCUACCGAUGAUGGACAGCCCCUCGCUUCUGACUUAUUUUGGUUAUGAUGAGCGUCAUACGAUGGAUGGUAAAAUCGAGUACCAACUGGUACUGUCUCUUGCGCCUCUCGGAUGCUUACAAGAUUGGUUGAUUGCCAAUACCCUGGGAUUCGAAACAUUUUGCGGCAUGGCUAAAUCGAUCACACGUGGUUUGUCUCAUUUGCAUACGGAAAUAAGCCGAGGCGACGCAUACAAGCCAUGCGUUGCCCAUCGCGACUUCAAUUCGCGCAAUGUGCUAGUCAAGGCUGAUCAAACAUGCUGCAUUGGCGACUUUGGUUUCGCUUUGAAAGUGUUCGGCUCAAAGUAUGAAUACCGUGGCGAAGUGGCUGUGGCAGAAACGAAAAGCAUUAAUGAAGUGGGCACACUGCGUUACAUGGCUCCCGAGCUUUUGGAAGGUGCUGUAAAUUUGCGCGAUUGUGAAACUUCGCUUAAGCAAAUGGAUGUGUAUGCCUUAGGGUUGGUAUUGUGGGAAGUGGCUACACGAUGUUCGGACUUUUAUCCGCCUGCGCAAGUGACGCCAUCCUACAAGGCGCCUUAUGAACAGGAAGUUGGAACACACCCCACCUUCGAUCAGAUGCAGGCGUUGGUGGUGCGGCACAAGGCAAGACCACUCUUUCCCGCAGGUUGGGGCGGUGGCCCUGCGGCCAAGUUAAUAAAGGAUACAUGUGAAGAUUGCUGGGAUCACGACGCCGAAGCACGUCUGACAUCCCUCUGUGCUGAAGAACGUAUGCAAGAAGCAGCUGGUUUACGGCCUCGCUACUCACAUGCACAGUCGCCUAGUCCUUUAUUGAGCGCAAAUAAUUUAUUAGUUUCUGAUCAAGCAGAUUCAGGUGUGCGAAUAUCUAUGGAAACGUGCCAUUCGGAAACCGCAAUGAUGCUGCAACCACCACCAAAUCAAAAAAUAUUACCGCGAGCCCGAAGCGUGGGCAGCGAGUUGAGCAUCGCACCACACACAGAGAAAAAUCAUCUGAUGCAUACGCAACAGCAACUACAGCCAUAUCAGGGGCGUAAUCCAUGUCUGGAGCGCAAUCUGGCACCGGUUUCAACUCGGCCGCCCCAAAUCUUGGUUGAGAAAAGCAAAAAGCACAGCUUUCAGACCGGGCAAGAGAAUAGUUUUUCUUGUUUAGAAGAUGACGUCUCGGUCGAAGAUUUAAUUUCGGGUGGCAAUUCGAAAAAAAUGAGCAAUUUUAUGACGGAUAAUGCAUCGAGUAUGGGAGAAGGUUUCCCCAAGCAACACAAUACCGAUCGGAAACUGAGAGGAUGGCAUGGUGUCCGGGCGCUAAUUCAGAAGAAACUUUUCCGUAAAAGCGACGCUGCCACUGACGUUUUCCAGCAGCAGUUCGGAUUCGGAGACGAAAGGUCUAACUUAGUAGACAAUCGGUAUGCGGCAGUUAUUAAAGGACUCGAUAACAAUGGCACUGAACGACUAGCAAAGGCAGCAACAGUUAGUUUUAUUGAUGACCGGCAAAGCAACAAUAAUGGCGUGGCCACAACAAAAACCACAAUGCUCACUGAUAUAUACCCGCAAACGAGACGACCCAAUAAUCUUGAUUUGAGCCCCUUAAAUGGAUCAGCCGUUGUACUAGGAGAGUCUAGCGCUCCGCCAUAUGCUGCACCUUACAACAAAUCAAACCUAAUUCAAAGCAUAGCGGAGGAAAGUAACGACAACGGAGCUAAAGUGCAUCUCCAGCAACUGGAUACACGCACCAGCACCCCCUGCCAUGUAGUGCCACGUUCGCUCUCUACCAGCCUGAUAAAACAUGUAAAUCAUAAUAACAAUAUUUUGAGUAAAGCAGAACUGAGAGCAUCGCAUCCUUCACGGGACCAAAAGGAAGCCACACCCGCUCCUGUCUCUAACUCUACCGGUCAUCUCACAGCGCCGAACACUGACGAUAUCUUAUUUAGGCGGCAGCGGAGCCUUGAAAUAUUCCGAGAGGUGUUCAGUGGGCGAGGCAGUACAGAGAAAUUACGAGAUCCAAGUCAGCGUGUAAAAACACCGGGGGACGUGCCGCCCUCAGUACGGAAGGUGCGAGCCUCAAAGACGCUUAGCCUAUAUGACGACCGGAUGAUGGACUCAUCAACGCUGAAUAUACUCUAGCAUGAGGAGGUUCUGCUACUGGAAUUGUAAGCAGUUGAGUCCACGCGGCCAUACAGCUUAAAGUGACAGUAGACAGAACACGGGAAAAUAGAUGAGGUCAAAAGUAACGGAGAAUAAAAAUACUCGCGCGUUUCCCGAAAUCAAUCGACAGGGUGAGCUUUUAAACGCAACGGCGUUAAACCUGCUACACAUAAGUUGGUCCUCGAACCGUACAUAUAAGACCCACGUGUGUAAAACAACCAAAGUCCUUAUAGUGUAAUUUUUGAAUGUGUUUUUGUACGAAGUUAAUGUAUCUAUAAAAAGUCGUCUGUAAGCUAGUCGUAAAUGUGUAUAGCGUAGUUAACGUAUAAGCUGAGCUGUGGCUGGUGGUUGCAGCAAACCGCAAGGAUCAAAAACAGGAGCAGUAGAGAAGUGUCAGCCAGUGCUUGCAAUUGCAGGCAAAAUAGCGUAGAAAAGAUAUUUAUUUUUUAUUCCACUUAUUAGUAGGACAUGAAUACAAUUGUACAUCUCUAGGGAAUUUUCACAACAAUUACGAUAGUAUAUAAAUGCAUAUAUAUGUGUAAGUGAUGACGAGAUAUAUACAGCUAAUGCUUUAAUUUUGUAAUUCGUUUUCUUUUUUGCUUUACUCGGCUGUAUUCUAUUAUUUUCAGUUGAAAUUAAUUUUAUUAUUUGGUCAGUUAGGCGCAUUUUUACCUACGAAAUAAGACAUACAUAAAUGUAUUGUAUAUAUUGAUAUUCACAAGCACGUGUGCAAAUUUCAUUGAAUUAAACUUAGACUGUUGAUGUGAUGAUUUUAAAGCUGAAAGAAUUUGAAAAAUGCCUUGUAUUUCACUCAAAAUUCGUAGAGAUUUGCGAAUUGAAAAUAGAGAUUUAUGCACCGCAUUUCAAACAGUUAUAAGAAAAUUGUGGUGAUGAUAUGCUGGCAUACCGUAGUAAUGACCAAAAUGUAUUGAAAAUUAUUCAAAACAGGUUAGGGUGUCACGCGUACUCCUUUAGAAAUUACGUAGAACAAGAAAAUCAUGAAUUUGUGUACCAAAAGUGAGCAACUGUACACACCAUUAGUAGAGUUUUAUAUGAAUUCUGCCGAUCAGUAUGUAUGUACUUGUAUUUAACUAAAUUCCAUAUAUUAAAAAUGUACUACAACAAGAAAUAGGCUUAACGCAAAUAAAUGCAUCGAAAAUUG